AUGAGCCAGUCCUCAUUGAAUGUCACUUUGAUGUUCACUGCAUAUGGAUCUCCCCGUCCUCUCAAUUACUUAUUUUUCACUUUUACUCUUUUGGUGUAUCUUACCUCAGUUUUUGCAAACAUUUUUCUGAUGCUGGUUAUCUAUGUAGAAUCUAGCCUCCACAAGCCCAUGUACAUAUUUUUAUUCAACUUGGCAAUAAAUGGAUUGAUUGGAAGUUCUGCUGUCUGUCCAAAAAUCAUGGACCAUCUUCUCUCAGACAUUCAACAAAGCUCCCUUGAGGAUUGCCUGAUUCAGGUGUUUUGGAUCAAUGUCUAUGGAACAGGUGCAUACACAAUUUUAACAGUGAUGGCAUAUGACAGGUAUGUCUCCAUUUGCAAGCCUUUGCAAUACCACAGCAUCAUGACUCCCACUAAAGUGAAGCAACUGUUGGCUGUUGUGAAUUUCUUUCCUGUCUCCUCUAUAACCUUUCAAGUGUAUCUAACAUCAAGACUCCCAAUGUGCAGUUAUACCAUUCACAAGCUUUUCUGUGAUAACCUGGCAGUUGUCAAUCUUUCCUGUAUAAAAAGUGCUCUGGUUAAUUUGUAUGGUAUAUGUGUAAUUAUAGGUCUAGUUGUGUUGCCUGCAUGUGUUGUAGCGCUGUCUUAUGUCAAGAUUCUAACUGUGAGCUUGAAAACGUCAAAGGAAGCACAGAAAAAAGCUCUGAGUACAUGUACUCCUCACUUAAUCACGUUCAUCAAUUUCUCCCUGGCUACUCUCUUCUCUGUCAUUUAUAAUCGAAUUAAUUUGCAUUUACCAGGUGAGAUAAAUAUACUUAUGUCCCUGCAUUUCGUCCUCAUUCCCCCUCUAUUACAUCCAAUUAUUUAUGGAAUCAGAACUCAGGAAAUUAGGAAAUGCGUUGUAAAAAUAAUAAGAAAACAGAGAGUUUUUGCAGGAUCAUUUGACAUUUUUGUUUAA